AUGCCAGGUGAAACGAUCCUCGGUCAUCGACGCGAGUCGUUGAGAGCGCACGGUCGACUAGAGCUGCUGCUGGCGAUGUGGACCCGUUGUUUUCAUCUUGUAUGCGACGACCGGGGCGUGUGCGAGGACGGUUGUGGCUGGUGCAGCGGCGACGAUGGGAGCGGCGGUCUUGACGACGGCUGCGGUCGCUACCGGAGCUGCGAUGUAGGGAGCUGCGGCCACUACCGGGCUCCUCACCGAGAGUUUGUAGGUGUUGGCGUAGCUGGUGGCAACGGGCACGGUGUGAGCUACCGCGAGAGGUGCCGCGGCGACGAGAGGUGCAGCGUGGUAUGCUGCCGGUGCGGCGGCCAAGAGACCUGGCGCAGGUUCCGGUGCCGGGGCGGCCAGGGCACAGGCGAACAGAGCGAAGAGAGCGACCAUUACCCAACACCUACUCCUGAUUCGACUAGCCCGAACAAGACUAUUCUACCACUCUUCCCACUACCUUCGGUUACUAGAAAGAUUCAGGGUCCUUUCGUUUCGGUUCGCACACCAUGUGGGGAGAACAUUGCCAAGGACAAUGGAGAUCUUGAUCUGGAUCCGCGUGCAACGUACUCGAAACGUUUCGACAAAUUAUUCAAGCUCACGGAUGCUCACCCUCGCCCUCCUCCUCUUCGUCAAAUUCGCCCUCUUCUUCGGCGGUGGCUUCCUGAUAUUGCUGGUAUUCGGAGACCAGGUCGUUCAUAUUGCUUUCAGCCUCGGUGAAUUCCAUUUCGUCCAUGCCUUCUCCUGUGUACCAGUGCAGGAAAGCCUUCCGCCUGAACAUCGCCGUGAAUUGUUCCGAUACUCUUUUGAACAAUUCCUAAAUUCACAAAAUUCGCAAAAUACAACUGUUUCUUUCGCGUGGAACAAUAGAGUGACUAAUUAA